AUGACGGAUCACGAUUCGUUGGUUGAGACAGCCUGUGUUGCCUGCAGCGCGGGCACGGACACUUCAACCGGAGCCAAGGCUGGACCCUGCACCAACUUUAACGUUCCCGCGGGCUCGUUUGAUCACGAUUCCAACUCUGCCACCGCGGCGAUCACUUGUCCUCCUGGAAACUAUGCGCCCGCAGCCGGCACGACGUGCACCACUUGCGGCACUGAAACAUGGGACCAUGAUUCGUCGUCUGCAACUGCCUGCACUUCUUGCACGUCCGCAUGCUCUGCUGGCUCCUUUCAAUCGCAGGAUUGUACUCCCACGAGCAACCGCAUUUGCACUUCGUGUACUGCCGUCACCUCGUGCGCCGCCUCGAGCACAACAUGCACAUCGAGCACGGACUCGCGCUGCUCGACUUGCGCCGCGAACUUUUACAAAGUGGCGGGUGCCUCGAGCGACACGUGCCAGGGCUGCACUGCGGCCUGCACCACAGGAACUUUUGAAACAACCCCUUGCACGACGGCAAGCAACCGAGUGUGCACGGCAUGCCCAGCGAUCGCCAACUGUGGAGGCACGCUUUCGUGUUCAUCCAGCAGUACCUCUCGAUGCACUGCGUGUGCCAGCAACUUUUACUUGAUUGCUGGAACCGGAUCCACACCCGAUCGCUGUGCUCCUUGCUCGGGCAGCUGUGCUGUCGGUCAGUUCCAAAGCGCAGCGUGCGGCGCCGCAGCUGAUCGCGUCUGCACCACAUGCACGUCCGUUGCAAACUGUGUUGGACAAGUGACGUGCACGACAAGCGGCAACUCACAGUGCUCGGCGUGCGCAUCCGGCUAUUAUCGGACGACUGUUGGCGGUGCUGAUGUCUGCUCGCCAUGCGCCAGCACAUGUGCACUGGGCCAGUUUGAAUCGGUUGCUUGCACCACGUCGACCAACCGAGUUUGCACUUCGUGCACAUCGGUCUCAAACUGCGCAUCUCAGCAGACCUGCUAUGGUGCUGGCAACACCCGCUGCUACACUUGUGCGACGGAUUUCUACUUGACUCUGCGCUCAGGAGUGUCUGAUGUUUGCACUGCGUGCGCGUCUUGCGGUGUGGGCAACUUUUCGCUGUCCCCAUGCAGUCCAUCCGUCGAUCGUGUUUGCGGAGUCUGCACUGCCAUUGGCAAUUGCAAUGUGCCAGUUUCCUGCACCUCGCCAAUCAACGGCCGCUGCUCUGCCUGUGCUUCGGAGCAUUACCUGGUGCCCGGCUCUUCUGACGUUGCUCUGCCAUCUCAAGACGCGUGUGCGGCGUGCGACACCUGCCAGGUUGGCACGUUUGAGUCGCAAGCGUGCACGCAUGCCACCAACCGAAACUGCACGCAAUGCACGCCGCUUGAAAACUGCGCUCAAGUAUCGUGCACCGACACCACCGACUCUGUGUGCGUGCAGUGCCCUGUCGGCACGUUCUACAAUACGACGAGCGCGACGUGUCACUCGUGUCUUGAGUGCGCCUCCAACGAGUUUGAGGUGGUUGCUUGCACCUAUCUGACCGACCGCACGUGCAGCGCUUGCACUAACGUGACGAACUGCGCUUCUGUGACUUGCACUUCUCUGGAUGACUCGAUUUGCGAGACUUGCAAGUCCACCACGUACAUUUCGCCAAACGCAACUGCGGGUGACGCCGAGCAAUGCUUGGCCUGCGCGGCUGUACCCGACUGUGCUUAUGCGAACGUGGUGUGCACGAACGCGACGAACGCUCGUUGCAGCGUUGCAGCAGCGAGCUCGAUCGACAAGGCUGUCAUUAUUCCUGUGGUGGCUGUUGCUGGUGUGCUCCUGCUUGUCCUCAUCCUCGUGCUUGUGCUGGUUGCGCGUCGCCGCCGCCGCAAUGCCCGCAAGCCUGAAGCUGCUCUAUCAUCUCGGCGUGCACGCUCUGAAACUGUGGACCUUCCCAUGUCCACGAUAGCCAUGCUGGCCAAUCCUCUUUCCGAUCAUGGGAACGAAGCGGCCAUGUAUGCAGAGGCGAACAAUCCUCCACUGCACACCAACGCAGCGAGUCCCAGCGGAAAUCCGUUUGCGUCGGCCAAAAUGGCCGAAUUUCUGGCUCAGACCCAUCGGCUUGGCAGCGAUCAGCAGUCUGGGGAAGGGUUGUACGACUCCAUCCGUCCUCCGCCAGUGCCGGAACACCCUUUCUACAGCAACUCGAACAGCAAUGCAGCGAGGCACUCGAUCGCGUACGAAGCUCCGAGCUCAAGCUCCAGCUCCCCGGUUGCAGAGCUGCCCGCUUACGAGAAUCCGCACGUCCAGACUUCCACCUCGGACGUUGUGUACACAAACGUUGAAGUCAACAACGAUGCUUAG